AUGUGCAAGGCAGUGAGUACUCCAUUGUGCACUGGUGCUAAGUUUAGUGUAGCAGAUGGUGCUAAGAAGGCUAAUGGACAGUUAUAUAGAAGCAUUAUUGGUUCCUUACUCUAUUUAGCAGCCACCAGGCCAAAUAUAAUGUUUGCAACAAGCUUGCUGUCAAGGUUCAUGCAGAAUCCUUCAGAAGUACAUUUUAUUGCUGUUAAAAGAAUUUUAAAGUAUGUCAAAGGAACUGUGAAUUUUGGACUGAUAUACAUGAAACAGAAUAGCAGUCAGCUGUUAGGUUUCUCUGAUAGUGACUGGGCUGGGUUUUUGGAUGAUUCAAAAAGCACAAGAGAUUUUUGUUUUUCAUUUGGAAGUGUUGUGUUUGGUUGGAGUUCCAAGAAACAACAGGUAGUAACUCAAUCAACAGCUGAGGCAGAGUACAUAGCUUGUGCUGCAGCUGCCGACCAUGCUUUGUGGUUAAGGAAACUACUAGAUGAGUUGGGAUUUAAAUAG